UUACCUUCUUUCACCCCAAGUAGGAUUCGAACCUACGACCAAUCAGCCGACCGCUCUACCACUGAGCUACUGAGGAACAACGGGAGAUUAGAUCUCAUAGAGUUCAAUUCCCGUUCUCAACCCAUGAACAAUAUGAGCUCGAAGUUUCCUUCGUAA